UCAUUUCCAGAGAUUUCAUCAUCCUCCUGAGCUCGCGUUUCGGCGGUCCAUGCUUCUCCGCAGCGCAACGGCAGCCUUCCUGCUGAGGACCAGCGCCGAGAUCUCCUCCUUCUGCCCGGUCUUCGCGGUCCGCUUUUCCCGGCAGUCGCCUCGCUAUCCGCCCAGAAAGAGGCCGUUUUCGACGUCGGUCUGCUUGUGUAAGAAGAAGAAGACGAGCCUGUGGCUGCAGCUGGCGGAAGGACAAACCAUGGAUGGAAACAUUGAGGAGAUUCUCGCCCCUUUGAGGCUAGCCGUCAAAGAACAGGGGGACCUGGUGCGCCAGAUGAAACAAGAAGGAGCCCCAGAUGUGGAUGUUGCUAAAGCUGUGGCUGAACUGAAAGCCAGGAAGAGAGCGCUGGAGAAUAAGGAACUGGCAUUGCAGCCCAAAGAUGAUAUUGUGGACAGGACCAAGAUGGAAGACACCCUCAAGAGGCGAUUCUUCUACGAUCAGGCUUUUGCCAUAUACGGAGGUGUGAGUGGCCUGUAUGACUUUGGCCCUGUCGGCUGUGCCCUGAAGAACAACAUCCUGCAAGCCUGGAGGCAGCACUUCAUCCAGGAGGAGCAGAUCCUGGAGAUCGACUGCACCAUGCUGACGCCUGAACCCGUCCUCAAGACUUCAGGACAUGUGGAAAAAUUUGCAGACUACAUGGUGAAAGAUGUCAAGAACGGUGAAUGCUUCAGGGCUGACCACCUCCUAAAAGCUCAUCUCCAGAAGCUGAUGUCUGAUAAGAAGUGCACGGCAGAGAAAAAGGCUGAGAUGGACAAUGUCGUCACCCAGUUGGACAACUACACCCAACAGGAGCUGACCGACCUCUUUGUGAAAUAUAACGUGAAGUCGCCCACCACAGGAAAUGACCUCACAGCUCCCAUCUCCUUCAACCUGAUGUUUCAGACAUCCAUUGGACCAGGGGGCAACAUGCCAGGCUAUCUGAGGCCUGAAACCGCUCAGGGAAUCUUCCUCAACUUCAAGCGUCUUCUGGAGUUCAACCAGGGAAAGCUACCGUUUGCUGCUGCUCAGAUAGGAAACUCUUUCAGGAACGAAAUCUCUCCCCGCUCUGGACUCAUCCGUGUCAGGGAGUUCACCAUGGCUGAGAUUGAGCACUUUGUGGACCCAAAUGAGAAGGUCCACCCUAAAUUCUCCAACGUAGCUGAUUUGGACAUUAUAUUGUACUCUUCCAAAGCUCAGACCAGCGGUCAGUCGGCACAUACCAUGAGACUGGGGGACGCGGUGGAGCAGGGAAUGAUCAAUAACUCCGUCCUAGGGUAUUUCAUUGGGAGGAUCUACCUCUACCUUACUAAAGUCGGCGUGGCCAAAGACAAGCUUCGCUUCCGGCAGCACAUGGACAACGAGAUGGCUCACUAUGCCUGUGACUGCUGGGACGCCGAGGCCAAAACGUCCUACGGCUGGAUCGAGAUUGUGGGGUGUGCCGACCGAUCCUGCUACGAUUUGAAAUGUCACGCGCGGGCCACGAAGGUCCCUCUGGUCGCCGAGAAGCCCCUUAAGGAGCCCAUAUCCUUACAAUGCAGCCGCGUCCUCACAGAGAAAUGUCUCAACCCACUGCCAUGUUCCUUCGAGGCCAACAAGGGCGCUAUUGGGAAGGCCUACAAGAAGGAUGCGAAGAUAGCCAUGGAGUAUCUGUCUGUGUGUGACGAGUGUUUCAUCACAGAGCAGGAGCAGCUGCUGGGGGAGAGCGGAGAGUUCACCAUUGAAACAGAGGGCAAGACAUUCAAACUCACUAAAGACAUGGUCAGCGUGAAGAGGUUCCAGAAGACUCUGCACGUGGAGGAGGUUGUUCCCAGCGUAAUCGAGCCCUCUUUUGGCAUCGGUAGGAUCAUGUACACCAUCUUUGAGCACACAUUCCAGGUCAGAGAAGGUGACGAGCAAAGAACGUUCUUCAGCUUCCCUGCCCCCGUAGCUCCAUACAAGUGUUCCGUCCUACCUCUGAGCCAAAAUCAAGAAUUCGUGCCCUUUGUGAAGGAAUUGUCUGAGGCAAUGACCAAAAACGGUGUCUCUCACAAGGUGGACGACUCGUCUGGAUCCAUCGGGAGACGCUACGCCAGGACCGAUGAGAUCGGCGUGGCGUUCGGCAUCACCAUUGAUUUCGACACGGUUAACAAGACUCCUCACACUGCCACUCUCAGGGACCGGGACUCCAUGAGACAAAUCAGAGCUGAGGUCAGCGAGCUGCCUGUGAUUGUUCGCGAUCUGGCCAACGGUGCGUUGACCUGGGCUGAAGUGGAGACCAAGUACCCCAUUUUUGAAGGGCAGGAGACCAGCAAGAAGGACAAUGCCGAAGAGUAGAUUUCACUCUGCCUGCAAAUUGCUCCAUUAAAAAAAGAAAACGACAAACCAACAAAAAAUAAAUCCAGGAACUGGAUGCAAACACGCCACCAGGAGGAGUGGUGCCGCUGUGUUGUGAUGAGCCGGAGCGGCGCUCUGAGCACUGCAGUCACUAAAAUGUCAUGUAUUUAUCGUAUCUCAGAGGUGUGGAGGAGCUGGCACAGGACUUCUUAAUGAGCAGCAUUGCAUUUCAUGGCUGGCUGUCGAUGUUAUAAAAGGGAGAACAUGUAAUCAGGUUUGUUAAUGGAAAGGGGCUUCCCCCUCCUGCAGUUUUCAGGUUAAAAUCAUUAAGAUUUCAAUCAAAUCAGACAACACAUCCAGGACACGCAAAGAUAGCUUUUCAUUGGGUUUUUUUCUUCUUCAUUUUGAUAAGCUUCAGACUAAAGAAUAGCCUCCACUAAACAGGGAAAUCCACACAAGAGUAUCACAUUACCAACAGAUGUCUCUGUUGAACAACCUGCUGCUCAAAUAAAGAAAAAAUUGAAUAUCACAGAAAUGUUUGGCAAGAGGUGGUAUUUAAACAUUCUGUUCCAACACAAAGGAGAGUAAAAUAUGAAGCUCAAUUUAUUAAAACGUGCAGCUUAAUACCGACAUCAUGUUCAGGCAAUAUCCAAGUGACCACUUACAGCUGUUUGUGACGGGUAGUCAGUUACAACCACUAGAUGACGCCACUUGACUCACCAUUUUACACCAGUCUGCAAUUGGUGGAAAGAGUUACUUCAAAAUAUAAAUGUGAAUUACGCACUUACGCUUUUUUUCUUAUUUACUUGCACGAGUUAGUUGUGGUUUGAGUGUCCCGGAUGCUGCAACAAACUAGAUUCAGACUAUAAAUCUCUAAAUCUGAGGUAAUCUUGAAGUAAAUGUCCACAUAAAAAGGAUGUAAGUGAACUAAAAGUGUGUGAAUGGAAAAAAUACCAGUGACUUGAAGUUUCCCAGCAUCAGAUUCCAUCUAAGCCAAGUGUACUUUUUUUUUUUGUAAAAUGAAAU